GCCCUCGAACUCUGCUCGCGAAUGAGAGACGUAGCAGGGCCGAGGCCACGGCGGUGACGGCGGCCGCCCACAGCCAGGCGCCCAGAGCCGGCCUCCAACCCGGGGCUGCUGCUCCUCCACGCUCCGUCCGGUCGGCAGCAACUUCAGCCUCUCCCGAGCGCAGGAGAGGCGGGACUCUUCUGCCGAAGCUGCUUCCUGCUCAGCUGAGAAGCAGGAACGAGCCCACUGGUGAGAGCCGACUCGACGCAGAAAGGCGCCGCCAUGGCCUCGCUCUUUAAGAAGAAAACAGUGGACGAUAUUAUUAAAGAACAGAACAGAGAUUUGCGAGGUACACAGAGGGCCAUCGUCAGAGAUCGAGCAGCUUUGGAAAAACAGGAAAAGCAACUGGAAUUGGAAAUAAAGAAAAUGGCUAAAACGGGAAACAAAGAAGCCUGUAAAGUUCUGGCCAAACAACUCGUGCAGCUGAGAAAACAGAAAACUCGAACCUAUGCAGUUAGUUCAAAAGUAACAUCCAUGUCUACUCAAACAAAACUAAUGAACUCUCAGAUGAAGAUGGCAGGAGCAAUGUCAGCAACAGCAAAGACAAUGCAGGCUGUUAAUAAAAAGAUGGAUCCACAAAAGACAUUGCAAACAAUGCAGAAUUUCCAGAAGGAAAACAUGAAAAUGGAAAUGACAGAAGAAAUGAUUAAUGAUACUCUAGAUGACAUUUUCAAUGAUUCUGAGGAAGAAGAAGAAAGUCAGGAUAUCGUGAACCAAGUCCUUGAUGAAAUUGGAAUUGAAAUAUCUGGAAAGAUGGCCAAGGCUCCUUCAGCUGCCAGAGGCAUGCCAUCUGCAUCAACAUCCCAAAGUACAACAAUUUCGGAUGAAGAGAUUGAGAGGCAGCUCAAAGCCCUGGGAGUAGAUUAACUUGAUGGUGAUGUGCAGCCUGCCUUUACGCCAGUGCAGGCAUGCAUAUGAACUUCCAACACAGGUUUCAAUAAAAACCAAAUUCCUCUUAUCUAUCUUGCCUCAGCUAUCACUGGUGAUAAAUUUUAGAGGCACUUGGUGAAACUAGCCAAAAUCUUAUUGCAAGAGAACAAUACAAAAUGAAGAUUGUGUACAAAAAACAUGCAUAAUGCAGAAGUUGUAUGCCUAACCAAACUGGGUUCUACUGUAAACAAGAGCAUCUGCUAUGUUGAGUCUUAAUUUGGAUUGGUUGCUUUUAGCUGUUUCUCUAAAAACACCUUGCUUGACCAACACUAAAUUUCCUUCAGAUUUGUGAACUUUCUGAAGUUAUUGUUAUCAGCCCCUCUGGAGGUGUUGAAGGUAAAUUAAAAGUCUCUUGCAAGUAAAUUAAAAGGUCUCUUAAUGUAAUAUAUUACUUUUUAAAAUGACACUUUGUUUUUUCUUUCAAGUGGGAGGUGGUAUUUAUUUUCUUCAGGUGAAGGAUGUGUUUUAACAGUUUAGGGGGCCUUUUUAUAAGCGCCUUUCUAACAUGUUGUUGUUCAUUCAGCCUUGUUUUGGAAUGAUAUGUGCAUUUCUAAUUUAGCCCAAGAUCUGAGUACAAUACUGCUAUCAUUAGUGGAACCUUCCUAGAAACGAGGUUGUGUGCCAUCAGUAUUUUGAUGUAGCAGAUUGUAAGGAAAGUACUAAACAAACUCCAUUGUACUGUAACUUAGCUAACUUGAAGAGAAUUGUGUGCCUUUGUGUACAUAGCCCAUAUUUUUAUUAAGCUUUGAAUUGUGAAAAAUUAAUGUUAAAGCCAUUUUCUCAACUUAUACAGCACUGAAAGAGUUACAGAGACUCAACAGCAAUUGGUGCAAAGUACAUAAAUGUUAUGCUUUUUCUUGAAAUAGCAUGUGUACAUAUUGCUGUGCAUCAUGUUUUCAUCAAAAAAGUGUUACCUUUGACAAAAUAUUUGAUUGUCCAGUGUAGUAUGUUUGUUUAUGUUAAACUGAUUUCUUGCACAUUAACAGGAAUGAUUAUAAGUUUGCCUAUUUAAAGUUAAUGGAUUUACUUGGGAGUUUAAAAUUACACUUUAAAGUAAAACAGUGGAUAUCUUGACAUAUUAUCGGAAACAUAGUACCCUGGAACUCUAUAGCAAUAUUUACAAGUGGGAUGUGAAAAGGAGGUUAUCCUCCUUUUCACUACCUUGUGGAAAUAACCCAAACCUUGGAAAUCAUCAAGAAUGCAACUGAUUGUCCUUGAAGAAAAGGACAAGAAAGCAACUACUGUGAUUAUGACCAUGUACUGCAUCAAUGUAGGGCAUCAGCAGCAAUAUCGAGAACCUAGAACUCCAGUUUAAUAUACUUAAGAUUUGGCUGGAUAAACAAAUGGUCAAAGCGAUCUAUAAUACAUAUUGAAUUGGGUUUUGCAGUUUUACAGAAUAUGUGGCAGCAUGGCUAUGUGGGUGAAUCUUUCUUUUUAUGGACUUUAUAAAUAUCAACUAAAUAAAAGCUUUCAGUUCCUCCAGUGCUGAUUCCAUUUGCAAGAUUUCAUUUUGUAUUUUUCUGAACAAUGUACCCUAACAAAAAGUGUCCUCAGCGUGGUGUCCGUGGGCACCAUGGUGUCCUCUGACACCUUUCCUGGUGUCCACUGAGUGUUUAGAAAGAUGGCAGGACCAGUUGGGGCACUUGCCCAGCAGGGCCUCUGAUAGGCUGGGCAGACUAAAAAUAACAUUGUUUCAGUGGCAGCUGCCAGCACAGUGUUGGUUUUAUUCUCACUCACUCCUCUGUCUAAGUGUUUUAUUAAAUUAACUCUCUUCUCCCCGGCACUUGAGCUUCCUGUGUGUGUGUGUGCGGCUUUGCCUCCUGUGGCAGAUGUUUUAUGGUUGCGCCAUCAUCCUGUGUCAGAAUCCCAAAGGUGCCACAGGCUCAGAAACAUUGGGGACCCCUGAGUUUAAACCAACCAACUACUAAAGGCAAGGGUUAAAAAAAAACUGGCAGCAGUAUUUGUGUUCAUUCAGUUUUUUUUAAUUCAGGUCUAGUGACUGAACAAAAAUAUGAAACCAAGAAUA